AUGAAAUUCCUCUCGUCCACGAUAGUGCUCGCGCUUGUGGUCAGCGCUGCCCACGGUGGGCAGAUGAUGAGACAGAGCUCUAAGCCAAAAUGCAACGCCAAAAACAAAAUCCCUUCGACCUCCACGAGUACUGCCGGUUCCAACAGCCAACAAGGGCCAAGCACAUCGAGUCAAACUGGCCAAAGCGGCUGGACGCAAGCACCUUCCACGGGAUCCCCCACCCAGCAAUGGUCCAGUGAAGAAGGUUCCAGUGCUUCAACGCCUUCAGCGGGAUCCAGUCAAUCCACACAGCAGCAGCAGCAAUCGUCGACCGAUUCGAGCCAAGCGACGCAGCAACAGACCUCGAGUGAUUCCAGUCAAUCGACUCAGCAGCAAUCGUCUACUGCUUCAAGUGGUGCUGCCUCUACUUCCACUGCGUGCACAUUGACUGGUACCUACUCCAAGGGAGCCGACGUAUCAUCAUGCAAGAGCAUCGUGAUCAAAGAUCUGAGUGUACCAGCGAGCACUACACUUGACUUGACCAAGGUCGCCAACGGAGCGACCAUCACGUUUGAAGGCACGACGACGUUCGAAUACGCAGAAUGGGAAGGUCCUCUCAUCCUUCUGACUGGAACCGAUCUCACCGUCACGGGCACCGGAACUCUGGACGGUCAGGGAGAUUUGUACUGGAAGAAGGGCACUUCGAUCACUCGCCCCGUCUUCUUUCGUCUCAAGCGCGUCAUGUCGUCUACAGUCAAGGGCUUCAACAUCAAGAACUCGCCCUACCGCACAUUCAGUAUCCUCGACUCGGAAGACACGACUGUCAGUGGCUUGACUCUGAACUCCAAGGCUGGAGAUAACGUGGCCAAGAACACGGAUGGCUUCGACUUGAGUCGCAACCUCCGACUCACGAUCUCUGGCUGCACUGUGUACAACCAGGACGACUGUCUCGCCAUGCAGUCCAGUAACGACACCACCUUCACAGGCAACACAUGCAGUGGCGGUCACGGUAUCUCGAUCGGUUCUCUUGGUGGCGAUUUAGUCAAUAAAUCCGACAUUGUGAGUGGUCUAACGGUCAAGAACAACAAAAUCAUCGACAGUGUCAACGGUAUCCGAAUCAAGACCAUCAUCGGCAAGCACGGCACAGUCACGGGUGCGUCAUACACUGGAAACACGCUGACGAACGUCAAGAAUGCCAUCGUCAUCCACUCGGACUACAGCAAGGAAAAAGGAGGCUACACUGGCGAUGCAUCCAGUCUCGUGGAAAUCACCGACGUCACAGUGUCGGGGCUUUCGGGCACUGCAGACAACAUCUAUGACAUUCUUGUCAAUCCGAAGGUCGUCUCAGGCUGGACCUUUUCAGGUAUUACGGUGAAGGGAGACUCGGGUAGCUGCAGUGGGGAGCCGAGCGACGUCAAGUGUUGAGCUUGAUGUGGUUUUAUGUGUAGAAUUGUUCAGUGUGUAAGUGAAGAAAUCGAUGAGAAUGAGACGUCUAUCGUCUAGAGAUAUACAUUGCCAUCUGGAUGUUCGCCACACUGCGACUCGAUGGUGUUGCACACUUGUUGAAAUAACGUUUCAG